GGCCAUGUGUAAUGAUUCUGCUGAGCCUGAACGUCACUGUGCAGUGCAACUAUCACUUUGUUCUUACCACCAACCACUAGGUCGCGUUACGCUAAAAUUCCCGCGCCAUGGGAAUUUUAUUCUCUAUACCGCUUGCAGGAGUCUUUGGAAGUGUAGCGACAUCAUGUAUUGCCGGGUUGGCUUUCUGCUUCACUUCAACAGCAGCGUCGAUGUUCUUCAAAUCAUGUAACUGUAAUUCCUCAAUUGCUACUCGUGUUGGUUUCGCGAUCAUCUUCUGCCUGAACUCCAUGCUGGCAUGGCUCAUGAAGACACCGCUAGUCAUAAAGCAGAUUGAGAAAUGGAGUCAUGGGUACCUUGAGAUGGACUGCGCAGAAGGGAAAUGUUAUGGUGUCUUAGCUGUUCAUCGAGUUUGCUUUGCGCUAUCAUUGUUCCACCUAAUCAUUGGCACUCUUCUGAUCGGCGUAAAAGACACUAAGGACAUACGAGCUGCCGUCCAAAAUGGGUGGUGGGGUCCCAAGGUUCUCCUCUGGCUGGUCCUCGUCGUCGUUUCUUUCUUCAUUCCAAAUGGCUUCUUCAUGUUUUGGGGAAACUACGUCGCACUCAUUGGCGCGACAAUCUUCAUCUUACUUGGCCUCGUCCUGCUCAUCGACUUCGCACAUUCAUGGUCCGAAACAUGCCUAGAAAACUGGGAGAACUCCAAUAGUAAUGUCUGGCAAUGGAUUCUCAUCGGAUCUACGGCAGGAAUGUACGCUGCAACGAUCACAUUGACCGGUAUCCUGUACGGUUUCUUCGCCGAAUCAGGGUGCGGUUUGAACAGGUUUUUCAUCUCGUUCAACCUGGCUCUGUGCAUCCUCAUCACGAUCAUAUGUAUCCUCCCUGUGGUUCAAGAACACAACCCACGCUCUGGCCUCGCACAGUCGAGUAUGGUUGCAGUGUACUGUACCUACCUCAUCACCUCCGCUGUCGCCAAUCACGAACAUGAAUCCUGCAACCCACUCCGUCGCAAUGGUAGUGGUACUAUUGUUGGUACCCGUAACACGACCGUUAUCCUUGGAGCUAUCUUCACAUUUUUGGCGAUUGCGUACUCUACUAGUCGCGCAGCAACCCAAAGUCGUGCCUUGGUAGGCAGGGGAAAGAAGUCUGGAACCAUCCAAUUGCCAACAGAGGAACAUCAUGCAGAGCUGGGCAUAGUGAGUACACAGCCGAGUAGGACAGAGUCGCCGAGGUAUCAGGCACUGUUGGCUGCAGUUGAGGCGGGAGCCAUUCCUGCUUCGGCUCUGGAAGAGGAGGAGGAUGAAGAUGAAGAUGAAGUUGCUGGCGAGACUCGAGAUGACGAACGUUCUGGAACACGCUACAAUUAUUCGUGGUUCCAUGUUAUUUUCGCCAUUGGAGCGAUGUAUGUUGCCAUGUUACUCACCGACUGGAAUGUCGUGAAACAAGUGUCGGGUUCUGGUCCAUCAGACCCCGAUGACGACGUUUACAUUGGCCGUUCAGAGGUAGCGAUGUGGAUGCGCGUUGUGUCGAGUUGGAUUUGCAUGCUAUUGUAUAUCUGGAGCCUUGUUGCUCCAGUCUUGAUGCCUGAUAGGUUCGAUGACUUGUAAUGUCCUUCGUACUCAUGCCUUUCAUGAUGGACAUAUCUUUAUAUGGUUUCACGAUAUUGUAUCUUUUCACUUUCUUUGUAUACUAUCUGGAGUGGUAACCUAACCAACGUUCUUGGAAAUUUCAACCUUCAGUCUCCCCGACUGCUUGGAACGUAUAUUCUACCACAGCAGAAUACGCAACGCCUCUCAAAUUCCAAUGAACUUCCAACGGUUGU